AUGAAACAAUCUCCCCUGAAAGGCUCCGGUUAUUAUAAAACCAAAUCCCCGCAGAAAAAAGAUCGAAUAGGUGCUUUAACUUUUAGCACAGCAAAAUUGAGAUCUCCUGUUAAAAGAUCAAUGUCUGAGCUGAACAAAAUGGCAUAUGAGCAUGCAGCUCGAAAUCGGCAUUUACUCAUUGAAGAAGACACAGUGACAGAUAAUGAAACAUCGAUCAUUGAAAAAAUCAUAGAGUUGAGCAAAAUAGAGGGGUUAAAGCCCAUAAGUUUGGAACAAGAAGAGGAAGACAAGACUAUAAAUAAUCCGGAGUAUGUCGAUCAAGAUGUGUUUCUAAUCAAGAAGAGGAAAGUAGAUAAAGAGAAUCUGUCUGUUGGAAAGUUCCAAGUUCUGAAUGAAGGGUUUACAUCGACAUCCCCAAGUAAGUCAUCAAGUAAAUCGCCUUUUAAAGUAGAGCGUAGUAGUGAACCACAAGAUAACAUUAAUGAGUGCUUAGCACAAACUCCACUAACACCAGCUAAGAGGGAAACGAUGUCCCCGUUUCAAUCUCCAUUAAGAAGAAGCAGCCGUAAAAGGACUACCGUACUGGAAAAAUUAAAGCGUGAGGAAGAUGAUUCACCUAGAUCACCAAGAUCGCCCAGAUCACCAAGAACAAGGAAUCUCUUAUCUACAUUUAAUAGCAUCAAAGAUUUAGCACCACCCCAACAUGACCAAAUUAAGCUAAUGCGAAUUCCAGACAUAGAUCUUGACGAUGACGAACUAUUAUUAACCGAUAUAAAGUCCAAGAACAAAGCUUUGUAUCAUGACGGGUUUGAAGCGUACUUUGAACAAAAUCAAACAAGAAGCAGACUAUCGAAAAGUUCAAUGAACUUAGCACCUCAAUUAAGCUACGAGGAGUUCAAUACAUAUAACGACUUACUGGAAUUAAUUGAAACAGAGCCGAUUAAAAGUUUAAACCUAUAUUAUGAAUUCCAGUUUAGUCAAUGGCUUUUUGAACUUCAAGAAGACUUUAACUUGAUUUUUUAUGGUGUUGGUUCAAAAAGACAGAUUCUUUUCCAAUUUUUAAGUGAGUUUGUUUUGCCACUGGAUAAAAAGGCUAAGUGUAUAGUUGUCAAUGGGUACAAUUUAGAAUUUAAUAUGCGAAUUUUAAUAUCAGAGAUAUGGAAAAUCGCCUUCCAUAAGUCUACACCUGCAUCCAGGGAACUUCGAGAAGCAUGCAACUUUAUUCACUUAGAAUUCUUAAAGGUACCGAACAGAAGCAAGAAGUUGUAUAUUUUAAUCAAUAAUAUGGAUGGUGAGUCUCUAAGGAACGAUGAUUUGCAAUAUACCUUGAGUUUACUAGCCAGGAUUCCACAGAUAUCAUUUGUUUGUUCAAUUGAUAAUUUGAAUACCCCUCUGUUUUGGGAUGCGGCGGUGUUAUCUCGGUUUAAUUUUGUUUGGCAUAAUCUUUCAACUUUCAAAAGUUACAGUACGGAGAUUAGUUUUAAAGAUCCUUUAAGUAUAGGAAAAAACGACGAGAUUGUUGGAUCCAGAGGUGCAAAGUAUGUGUUAGGUUCUCUUACGGGUAAUGCAAAAAGUUUAUAUAAAAAUCUAAUUUUUCAACAAAUUGAAAGAAUAGAUACGCUGAUUGGGGAUGACGCAAAAAUGGUAGAGAACAGGGGAAAUAUCAAGGGAUCUAAUAGGUCUGCGAUACCACUAAAAGAAUUUUAUGAAAUAUGUGUGUCUGAGUUUAUUAUUUCCAAUGAUAUGUCUUUUCGUGCAAUUCUUGGGGAAUUCGUCGAGCAUAAAAUGUGUGUUUUAACGAGAGAUACAACUGGUUUAGAAAUUUUGUAUAUUGCAUUUUCGGUCAAUGAACUUGAAAAAAUCUUGGAUGAGGAACUAAUGGACGUUUAA